AUGAGGAGGCAGCUGAAUCGAGCUUCUACUCUUCCGGCAAAAAAUGUUCUCCAGCAAGUACCUGCCCGGCGAGCAAUGAACCGUCGAUCAACUUUGGAGGGGGCGAAUUUGGAUGCUGGAGGUGAUCAGGCCGUCGCAUCUGCCUCCGUGGUGGUGGUUGCCAGAAUUCGGCCAAAGCUACCCAAGGAAAAUACCGAGCCAGACGGUGUGGAGGUAUAUUCAGACGGACAGACCAUGGGCAUCACCAACGGGCGUGAGAAGAAGCAGUACACGCUGGAUCAGGUCUUCGAUUCACGAGCCCUGAGAUUACAGACGGCUCGAUCGGACAACAGCACGGAGAAGAGCCCCCGGCCUGUGGAGCAACGCAGGGCCGAAGCCGCCGAGUCCCAGGCACAGUUCUUCUCCAACUUCGGCCGCAGUUUGGUGACGGCCUCGCUGACCGGGUACAAUGUCUGCGUUUUCGCCUAUGGGCACACAGGGUCCGGAAAGACUUACACCAUGCUUGGGGAUGCGGCCGGCUCCAACCGCGGGGCGGCAGCGGGGCUUUUGCCGCGCUUCCUUUGGGAGCUCUUCUCAGAGCACGAGGAUGCGCCUCGACCCGAUACAUGGCGGUGCACCUGCGAGUUCUUUGAGGUAUACAACGAACAGAUCAGGGACCUACUGCAGCCUGGCGGCACCUCACAGAAGCCGAAGAAGGUGCACUGCCACCCGAAGCAUGGAGCUCGUAUUGAGGGGCUCACGUUGUCCGUGGUCAGCUCGGCGGAGGAAGUGAUGGAGCUCUUGAACUUUGGCAACCAGAUGCGCACCGUCGCAGCCACGACCAUGAACUCGCGAUCCUCCCGGAGCCACGCGUUCUUCAACUUUAAGUAUGAGCAGCUUCCAGAAGCAGCUCCGAAGGAAGGCAGGGAGCGACGUGUCACCAUCCAGGAAGCUCCCAUCAGCUCCUGCCAAAGCGCGGUCACCUUUGUCGACCUUGCUGGGCGGGAGGAUCGCGAGCGCCUGGGCAACCAACCCGGCGCAAUACAGUAUAAGGAGAUGUGCUUCAUCAACACAUCGCUGUUCCAUCUGGCGCACCUCAUCACCAAGAUCUCGUCAGGUGGCAUUGAGCGGAACAGCCUCUCCGACUUCCGAAAUUCAAAGGUCACAAUGCUGCUUUCACAGGCGCUGCAGGGCAACUCCCGCACGGCCGUGGUGGCCACGCUGUCGCCCUGCCAGUCAGCAUUCGAGGAUUCGAUGUCAACUCUGAAUUUCGCGGCCUCGGCCAAGAAGAUCCAAACCAAGCCAGUGGUGAACUCGAAGUCGGUUGAGGAGAAGCUGGUGGACUUGGAAAACGAGGUCCACAGCUUACAGAUGGAGCUGGCGCAAAGCAAGACGAGCAACACGGAGAAGGAGUCCGAGCUGCUUUCGGCUCAGUCCUGGAUCAACUACUACAAGCGUUCCUGGGAAGAGGCGUGCCAGCGGUCGGAGCAGUCGAAACUGGCCAGGACCCGCAGCGCCAAGAGGCUCGGGCUGGCCCAGAGCGGCAAGACCGGUUCUUUGGCCUCGCUGUCGUGCUCGGUGCAGUCGGAGGAGGACGGUGACAAGGAUGAUGAGUUCACUUUGCGAUACCCCUACCUGACGAAGCUGUGUGAUGAUCCCGCCCUGCAGGGCUGUUGCAACUUCCCCUUGGACGAGUCGCUCAUCAACAUUGGCAGCUGUGAGGGAAGCUGCGACAUCGUCCUGGUGGGUGUGGGUAUCACGCCAGAGAUGUGCUCCGUGCGCUGCUCGAAGGGGAACGAGGUGACUGUGGAGGCCUGA